AUGAAACCGACCGGAAGUAGGGUCAUUGAUUUUCAAAUUAAAUUAGCGCGAUAUACAGAAAAGCAAUUAAAUUUAGCGCUCAAAGUUUCAAAUUAUCAACAAAACAAUAUUGUCAUAUUAUUGUUUGACAAUUUAACUCAAUCCAUCGAUUCGGAAUAUCAAGCACAGUUAUCUUUAAUUGCUAAUACUCCUUUUCCUCCUUCUCCUCACAUUCCUCAAAAAUCGCAAACGUUGGUGACGUCAUUAUCCUUGAAUGAUCAUCUUCAUGAGCACAAUAAGAAUCAUCAAAUUCCUUCAUCACCCUCAACCACUGUAUUAUAUUCUACAAAAUACUUUUAUCACAUUCUUGCUGACUAUUAUUACAACAAUCCACAUGAAUCAGAAAAAUUACAACGAAUUUGUUUAGCACUUUUAACCAAUCAAUAUUUGCCCUCAAUAUUUGCAUUAUUAUUUUACAGAUGGAUGUUUGAUGCAAAUUCUCAAUCUUUGAGCUUGAUUCAUAUUAAUAUAUUUUUAAAAGGUGUCAAUCGACUAUUUUGGUCUGAUGUACAAAACAAAACUCUAAAGUAUGCUAGUUUAUAUAGGUUCAUUCAAAAUGAUGUCCUUCUUCAUGGAGAUUUUUCAUGCUUUUUUGAUCCUAUUAAUCCAUAUUCUUCAUUUCAUACUAUGAAACAUUAUAGUGAUAACAGUGAAGAUGACGGAUAUGUCACACCAGAUUUAGAUUCCAAAGAUUUAGAAAAUGUCAUGAAAUCUCCAGUGAUGGACGAAUUCAAAGAUAUUCGCUCUUCAUCUUCUUCUUCCUCUCAGACUGAUGAUGACGAGGCCAUUGUCAAUAUUCAAAAUGUGAUUCAGACCAAGAAAAUUGAUUUGAUUAGUUUAAUCGCUAAAUAUUAUUUUUAUUAUGAAAAUCGUGAUUCUCGAUACAAACUAAAACCAUACAUCAUUCAACUCUCAAAGAAAUGUGCAAUGGAUCCAUCAGAAUCGCUUCUCUUCAAUGAAAUGGAAAAGAAGAAUAGAAAAUAUAAUUCAAAUUCUCAGAUUGAUCAUUUUUCUAAUGAGAAUUUGAAUACAUUAGACGAAAAACUUAAUUUCAUGUUUGUUCUUAUUAGUGACAUGUUUGUAAAUGAGAAUAUUGCAUUUCUCUCUCACGUUUCUGAUGAAGAAAUUAUUCUAAGCCUUCUCACUCGAUUUAAGUUAUUUUCAGAAUUAGAAAUUACAAGUCGAACCAUGGUCAAAUUACAAGCAGCUAUUUAUGCAUUCACACGACCUGGAACUCCUUAUUUUCCUUCACGAGCCGUUCGGCACAAAGCAACAUCGACUCUUGAUGAAUUAUUUCCAAGUGGAAAAUAUGCACGUUGGUGGCUCUCUACAUCAUUUCGAUUAUUGUAUUAUGGUUGGCCAAUGUCUCUAUUGAAUUGGGUGAAAAACAAGUGUUAUCAAAUUGUACAAGCACCAAUUCAUGCUUGGGAAUUUUUAUCACGACAAUUCACAUUUGAACCUCCCCAGUUGGUUCUGCAAUACGAUGGACGUUUGUGUAAUGAUUCAGAUUAUCUCAAUUCGAGUACAGAUGAAGAGGCAGACGAUCAUACGACCUAUUCCAUAACAUUUAACAAGUAG